AUCUGCAGCGCUGUUUCGUCCCCUAAAAAAAAAACUCCAUUUCUACUGGAAGAAAGCAUAGAGAGACGCAGUAGAGUACAACGGAGUGGAGGUGGAGUCUGAAAGGUGGGGAGGGAGAAGAAAGGGGAGAGGAGGAAAACGGGGAAAGGCAGAUACAACAGAAACGGGGGGAGGACGGCGGAUGAAUUACGCUUUAAAAGUUGCAUUACAACAAAUUUGACAGUUGCGGCGAAGAGGAAUAAAACAAGAUGAUAACGCCCUACUUCCUAGAGAAUUUCUGGGGUGAAAAAAACAAUGGCUUCGAUGUGUUGUACCACAACAUGAAGCAUGGCCAAAUUUCCUCCAAGGAGUUGACAGACUUCAUCAGAGAACGGAGUACUAUCGAAGAGGCUUAUGCCAGGUCGAUGACCAAACUUGCCAAGUCAGCUGGCAACUUUUCUCAGCUUGGGACAUUUGCUCCGGUGUGGGAUGUGUUCAAGACCUCGACGGAGAAGCUGGCCAGCUGUCACAUGGAGCUAGUGAGGAAGCUGCAGGAGCUUAUAAAAGAAGUUCAGAAGUAUGUGGAAGAGCAGGCCAAAGCACAUAAAAAGACAAAAGAAGAGGUGGCGUCCACCCUGGAGGCUGUCCAGAACAUCCAGACCACCUCUCAGGCGCUGCAGAAGUCCAAGGAGAUCUACAAUGCCAAAACUGUGGAGCAGGAGCGCCUCCGCAAAGAGGGGGCCACCCAGAGAGAUGUGGACAAGGCUGGAGUUAAAGCCAAAAAAGCCACAGAGACCUACAAGUCGUAUGUGGACAAAUAUGCCACAGCUAAGUCAGAGUUUGAACAGAAGAUGGCAGAAACUGCACAGAAAUUCCAAGACAUUGAAGAAAACCACAUUCUCCACAUGAAGGAGAUCAUUCAGUCAUACUCGCAGUCUGUCGACGAAACACACGUUCAAAUAGGAGAGGUCCACAACGAAUUCGUGAGGAACAUCGAAAACACCUCGGUGGAGAGUUUAAUACAGAAACUGGCCGAGAGCAAAGGAACGGGCAAGGAGAGACCAGGACCCAUUGAGUUUGAGGAGUGCAAUACAGCUAUUGCUACUGAAGGUGCCAAACCAAGGAAGAGAAAACCAUUUGGCAUCCCAGGUCGUAGGAAAGACAAGGACACAGACUCCACGGAGUCCACAGAAGUUGAAGCUGCUAACACUGCCAAUGGUGCUCCCCCUGGAUACUAUGGGGCCAUAGACAUCCAGAACGCUAAUGUUCCCCAGGUCGAUGCAGAGGGCUUCUGCAUCAGACCAGAAGCAAAUGAAAACGAUGCCAAAGAGAAUUCCUUCUACUCAUCCAGCGAUUCCGAAGAUGAGGACGAACCCAGGAAGUUCCACGUAGAGAUCAAACCCGUUCAGCCGAACAACGGCACGCACCAGAACCGAGCCACCAUCGACGAGCUCAAAGCCUCCAUCGGGAACAUCAUCCUGUCGCCUUCGACCUCCGGACAGAUGCGGAGGAACCAGUCCAGUGAUGAACUGGCAAAGACCAGAGUGCCAGCGUCGUACGAACUGACUAACAACGACCUUCUGUCUCUGGACCCGUUCAGCCCGACUGUAGCAGCAGGCUCCUCCUCCUCUAUGUCCUCAUCCACAGACCUCGCCUCUAUUAUCCUCUCAAUCCCUCCAUCUCCAUCUUUUCUGAUGAAUGACUCAGACGUGUUUCUGCCAGAGACACCAGUGCCAGUACCGAACAGACCUACCACCCCUCUGACAGCCGGAGCCCUGGUGCCCCCACCACGACCCUCCUCCAGGCCCAAACUCCCCACCGGGAAACUCACAGGAAUCAAUGAGAUUGUACGGCCGUUCAGCCCACCCAAGACAUCCAACGCCAGCCCGCCUCCCACCGCACCGCUCGCCCGGGCAGAGAGCUCCUCCUCCUUGUCCUCGAACGCCUCACUCAGCGCUGGUAACACCCCGACUGUCGGAGCUGAGCACACCUUUGCUCUCCUCCUCUCCUCUCCAGAGCCAGAGCUGCUCUCCCCCUCUCCUUUCUUUCUGCUAAGCCAAAAGGACGAUGUGUUCAUAGCAAAGCUGCCUACCUUUGAGAAGCGGUGUGAAACACCAGCAGGAACGUCUCGCGGUCCCAGCCCUGUGACCCUGGCAUCCCAAGAUGCUUUGCCCAUUGCCGUGGCCUUCACAGAGUCGGUUAAUGCUUACUUCAAAGGGGCUGAUCCCACUAAGUGUAUCGUGAAGAUCACAGGAGACAUGACUCUGUCGUUCCCCGUGGGCAUCAUCAAGGUGUUCACCACCAACCCCUCCCCGGCCGUGCUCACCUUCAAACUGAAGAACACCAGCAAGUUGGAGCAGAUCCUUCCCAACCAGCAGCUACUAUACAGCGAUCCUUCCCAAAGUGACUCCAACUCCAAGGACUUCUGGUUCAACAUGCAAGCACUGACAUCCUACCUCAGAAAAGCCUUAGAUCAGAAUCCUUCAGCUUCCUACUACAACGUGGACAUCUUAAAAUACCAGGUGCUGUCUGACGGGAUUCAUUCCACUCCUCUCAACCUGGCCGUUUACUGGAAGUGUGCACCGAGUACAACGGACCUGCGGGUGGACUACCGCUACAACCCGGAGUCCAUGGCCUCCCCCGGGCCGCUCACCAACAUACAGAUCUUAGUGCCUGUCGACGGAGGAGUCACCAACAUGCAAUCCCUACCCAACUCCAUCUGGAAUUCAGAGCAGAAUAAGUGUCUUUGGAAACUGAGUGACAUCUCAGAAAAGUCUGAAAAUGAAGGUGCCGGGUCUCUGAGGGCCAAGUUCGAGCUGUCAAAUGGCCCGUCAAACCCCUCCACCAUGGCGGUGCAGUUUAUGAACGAGGGGAGCACCCUGUCAGGAGUGGACAUGGAGCUGCAGGGGAGUGGAUACAGACUUUCUCUCAACAAGAAGAGAUUUGCCACAGGUCGUUAUAUGGCAGAUUUCUGAGGUGACCCACCACUCUGCUUCUCAAGAAAG